UCAGUUAUCACCUGCCUACAUAUAUAGUUUCAGUUCUUCUAAAGUAGCAUUCUAAUUUCAGUAUUCUGCUCAACUGUCAAGUUGGAUAUGGAGAACAAGAUGGAGUUAGAGAAAAAGAUGAGUGAAAGUGGAGAAGAGCAUGGAGAGUCCAAAACAAAAAAGAGGCAACUUGGUGGAAUCAAAACUUUGCCAAUUAUCCUUGCAAACGAAGCAUGUGACAAGUUUGCAUCCACUGGCUUCCAUGCAAACAUGAUAAUAUAUUUGACCAAAGUGCUAAACUUGCCACUGGUGAAGGCCUCCAACAUCCUCACCAACUUCAAUGGAACGGCCAACUUCACUCCUCUGAUUGGUGCUCUAAUUGCUGACUCUUUUGCUGGCCGAUUCUGGACAAUAAUUUUUGGAUCCAUCAUCUAUACACUGGGAAUGGUGACCAUUACAGUUUUUGCUUUCGUACCAUCACUACAUCCUCCACCAUGUCCAACACAACAAAACUGCAAUGAAGCCUCAAGCCUACAGCUGUGGAUCCUCUACAUAUCUCUUCUUCUACAAGCCAUAGGAACCGGUGGCGUUAGGCCUUGUGUUGUUACCUUUGCUGCUGACCAAUUCGACAUGACCAAAUCGAAAGUCGAAGCUCGAAAAUGGAAUCUCUUCAACUGGUAUUAUAUAUGCAUGGGAGUUGCAACUAUUCUUGCUUUAACUGUGGUUGUGUAUGUCCAAGACAGUGUUGAUUGGGGCUGGGGUCUUGGAAUUCCUACCAUUGCUCUAGGUUUAUCAACUAUGGCCUUCAUUGGGGGAUCCCCUCUUUAUAGGAAAGUAAAACCAGGAGGAAGUCCAUUGGUUAGAUUGACACAGGUGAUCGUUGCAGCAUUCAAGAAGAGAAAUGUUGUAGCACCAGCUGACUCAAGUCUUUUGUAUAAGAACAAGGUUCUUGAUGCUGGAAUUUCGUCCAGUGGCAUGCUUCUACACACAAAUCAUCUAAGGUGGCUGGAUCAAGCUGCCAUAGUGACUGAUAGGGACAUAGAUGAGUCAAACCAACCAAACCUAUGGAGAUUAUCCACUGUCCAUAGAGUUGAAGAGCUGAAAUCCAUGAUAAGAAUUUUGCCCAUUUGGGCAGCAGCAAUUUUACUAAUCACUUCAUAUUCAAAUCAGCACAGCUUCACCAUCCAACAGGCUCGUACCAUGGAUCGCCACCUAUCCCCUUCCUUUGCGAUUCCUCCAGCAAGCUUAGCCAUCUUCAGUGUCAGCACUUUGGUCAUUGGUCUUGCAAUUUACGAGCGCCUUUUUGUCCCUUUUGCUCGACGAAUCACUGGCAAUCCAACAGGCAUCACAUACCUACAAAGAAUAGGUAUAGGGUUUGUAGUUAACAUUCUUGCCACUAUUGUAUCAGCCCUCGUGGAAAUCAAGCGAAAACAGGUAGCUACAAACCAUAAUCUCCUGGACAAGCCUACUGCUGUCAUUCCCAUAAGUGUCUUUUGGUUAGCUCCACAGUUUUGCCUCCAUGGAAUUGGUGAAGUUUUCAUGUCUGUUGGACUACUGGAAUUUCUCUACGAUCAAUCCCCGGAGAGCAUGAAAAGUAUUGCGGUUGCGCUUUCUUCGAUUUCAAUGUCAUUGGGGGAUUACUUUGGCACAAUCUUAGUCACUUCGGUUCAUAAAUACAGUGGUAAAGAAAGAAAUUGGCUGCCUGAUAGGAAUCUCAAUCGCGGAAGAUUGGAGAAUUACUACUGGCUGAUAACUGGAAUACAAGUAGUGAAUGUGAUUUAUUAUCUAAUAUGUGCUUGGUUUUAUACAUAUAAACCAUUGGAUUUGGCUACUGAAAGCAGGGAUGUAAUGGAUUUGGAGUUAGCAAAGGAGAGAAUUUUGCCUGUCGAUUCUAGAGUAAAGGCAGAAACAGAACAAGAAAGAAUUGGAACAUGUUAGAAUUGCCUGUAUAUUAGUUGAUGAUGUGCUUGCACCUUUUUAUGACUGCUUCCUACAGUUCACUGGAUUGAAAGUUGAAAUAUAUAUGGUGGGGGAAACAUGAAUUUGUUCCUUUUAUUGUGCUCUGCUGGGGCACUAUAAUUAGAUUCUCA